AUGGCGGAUGCUGUACCUCCAAAAAUCAGGAUCAUGAAAGGAGCGGAGCCAGAUUUGUCGGCGGCGACAUACCAGAUUUACGACGAGUCUCAUACCAUCGGGAAUGCUCUCAGAUGGAUGUUGAUGAAGAACCCGAAAGUCGAAUUUUGCGGAUAUAGUGUCCCCCAUCCGUCAGAAAACACUAUCCAAGUACGGAUACAGAUGUACGACAACCUAUCUUCGUUGGAAGCCCUCAUUGCCGCGCUUUCCAACCUAGACGAUCUAUGCCUCACUAUCGGAGAGGCAUACGACAAAAGCCUGCAGGAGGACAAGUAUACUCGGUGGGAGGAAAAGAGCUAA